AUGAUUUAUGUGCCAAUCACGUUUAUUUUGUUCUUCUAUUAUUACUCACAUUCACAAGCCUAUCAAUCAAUAAUAAGUUUAUCGGUUAGUGGCAAUGAGUUUCAACCUGCGAAUAUCAUUGAGUUAAUCGGUACAUUUAACGUAUCAUUAUCAAUACAAUGUUUGAGCCUAUGUAACCAAAAUCCUCAAUGUCGUACGAUUGAUUAUGAGUCAAUAUCAUACCGUUGCCGAUUAUAUGAGGGACAAUUAUCAACAGGUGAAAGCAGAACAUCUUCUUCAACAACUUCAAUUGUUGCCGGGAUACGAUAUGACGAUUCAAAUCUAUAUUCAUCGUACAAUCAGACGUGUGAUCAAUGUCAACAAAAUCAUUAUCUUGUUUGUGGUACAAAUGGAACAUGCCAAUGUCCGAAUAAUACGUAUUGGAACGGAUCAAUAUGUUUGAAUCAGAUAUACAAUGGUUCAACAUGUACAACAGAUAAUAUGUGUAGAUCAGACAUGUCUAUAACAUGUUCACCCUUCAAACAAUGCUCAUGUGGGUUAAAAUGGAACGAAACAAGUAUACUUGUUGCUGGUACGGGCACGGCUGGAUCUGGACUUAAUCAAUUGCAUUUACCAGAGUAUAUCUACUUGGAUGACAAUAAUACAUUAUAUAUCAGUGAUACAUUUAAUUAUCGGAUUAUGAAAUAUUUAAACGGUGCAUCAGCAGGAAUUCAAAUUGUUGGUAAUGGAACGGUUGGUUCAUUGUCGACUCAGCUUCAUAAUCCGAGUGCUGUUUACUCUGACAUGUACAAUAAUAUUUAUGUUGAUGAUACGUUUAAUUAUCGUGUUCAGUAUUUUGUCAAUUCAUCAAGAAAUGCAUCAACGAUUGCUGGAGGACUCGGUAGUGGAAGUGCGUUGAAUAAAAUUGGUCUCUCGUACGGAAUGUUUGUUGAUAAGUACUCAAAUUUGUAUCUGUCGGACGAACAAAAUAAUCGUGUAGUCAAAUGGAAUUCAACCGCGAUGCAUGGUGUCGUUAUAGCUGGUGGUAAUGGAGCGGGCUCGGCAUCAAAUCAGUUGAAUGGCCCCAUGGGCAUAUACAUUGACGGUAAUAAUGACUUAUUCAUAGCAGACGCAAAUAAUAAUCGGAUACAAAAAUGGCUCCAAAAUACAUCGAAUGGCACAACGGUAGCGGGUGGUCAUGGAUCAGGAAUAGGUGCCGAACAGUUAAACUUUGCGUCAGCAGUUAAAGUUGAUAGUCAGGGCAAUAUUUACAUAGCCGACAGAAGUAAUAGUCGUGUCCAACUAUGGACAAAAAAUGCCGUGCAAGGAAUAACUAUUCUUGGAAACGCAUCUCAGCUACGAAGUCCAUUCGAUAUUAUUCUUGAUGAGAAAACAGGUGCAAUUUAUGUUAGUGAUCGAUCUGCUCAUAAGGUUGUAAAGUUUUUAUUUUCAACUCAAUGCUGA